UAGAAACUAGAAACUAAUCUCCCUAAUCACUGAUCAGUGUCUCUACAACUCACAAAGUCUAACAGCACAGUAACUCCAUACAAUUGACGUUAUAAUGCUGUAUAUAAAUACCCACAAGUUCAUUCUUUUUCUUUGUCUGACCUCCCUUACCUGCAAGAAGAGGAAGGAUUCAUCAUUCCUCUUCUUCUUCUUGACCUCUGAUCCAGGCAAAAAUGGGUUCUCAUGUCUCUAAACAAUUAGAGAGGCGAAAAGCAAUCUCCACUGAGAAAAAAACUCUAUGUGACUUGCAGGGAAGCUGCGGCGAAGCAUAUCCAGGUUCUGAAUACCAUCCUCCAGACAGAAAGAAUUGGAUGGGUGGUCUCAAUCCUGAAAAGCUUCAUAUAAACAAGAUUGUUUGGCCUGGAACCCACGAUUCUGCUACUAACAAAAUUGGCAUUCCAAUGGUCUCUCGACCCUUUGCUCAAUGCCAAUCUUUGUCAAUCUACAAACAGCUUUGUACAGGUGCUAGAGUUCUUGACAUCAGGGUCCAGGAAGAUCGUCGUGUCUGCCAUGGAAUCCUGAAAACAUAUAGUGUGGAUGUUGUUAUCAAUGAUGUCAAGAAAUUCUUGUCUGAAACACAGUCGGAGGUUAUAAUUCUUGAAAUCAGGACAGAAUUUGGCCAUGAAGAUCCACCUGGAUUUGACAAGUACUUGGAAGAACAACUUGGAGAAUACUUGAUCCAUCAGGAUGAUCAUGUCUUUGGUAAGACAAUUGCUGAAUUGUUGCCGAAGAGAGUAAUCUGUGUAUGGAAGCCAAGAAAAUCACCGCAGCCAAAACAUGGAAGCCCUUUAUGGAGUGCAGGGUAUUUGAAAGAUAAUUGGGUUGAUACAGAUUUGCCAUCAACAAAAUUUGAAAGCAAUAUGAAGCAUCUGAGUGAGCAAGCACCACUUUCUUCAAGAAAAUAUUUUUACAGGGUGGAGAACACAGUUACUCCGCAGGCAGAUAACCCAAUUUUAUGUGUGAAACCGGUCACCGGAAGGAUUCACGGAUAUGCCAGGUUGUUCAUUACUCAGUGCUUCUCUAAAGGAUGUGCAGACCGGUUGCAGAUCUUCUCUACUGAUUUCAUCGAUGAGGAUUUUGUUGAUGCAUGUGCUGGACUCACUCAUGCUAGGAUUGAAGGGAAGGCUUGAUUUAAUCUUUAGUUAUUCUACACUACAGUACUUGUUCUUGUUCUGGUUCUGAGAUUUUCUUUUUUCUUUUUCCACUAUAAAUUGUGACUUCUGUAACUAGUUUCUGGGAACCUCUAUAUUGUUGUCCACUUAGAUGUUAAAUUAUUUUAUUUGUAUUGUUUUAUAUCUGAUCUGAUGUAUAAAGUGUUUGGUCAGCGGAAGAUUUUAGGUUUUAUACAACAUUGGUUUCUUGA